ACAUACCCCGCCUACCGCCCUCACCGUCCAAUCAUGAAGCUCGUCACGAAAGAAGACCUUGAGAACCAUGGCAAGGCUACAAUCCAAGGCAUGGUCGAAGGUUUCCUCGGCGGUCUAGCAGCCAGCACAGCAGGUUUCUACUACCUGAACAGACGAAUGCCAUACUACCGUUCUCUCCCAGUAACGAUCAAAACUCUCGGCUUCGUACUCGUCAUCGCACCCGCCGUCGCUGCCCAAGCCGAGCGACGCGGCUUGCAAUAUGAUAUGGAGAACCAUUGGGAUAGUGCAGGGAAAGUAGAGAUGGAGAGAGAGGAAGCGGAAGAGGAGAAGAGGUGGAAUGCGUUGACGCCGGGACAGAAGAUGGGCGAUUGGGCGUUGAGGCAUAGGUGGCAUUUGUUCGUUGCUGGAUGGGCGGCGAGUAUGGGUGCCUCGUGGAUGAUCUUGAGAAGAAAUAAGACGCAGACCUUUGCGCAGAAGAUUGUCCAGGCUCGUGUAUAUGCACAAGGCAUUGCACUCACGGGUCUGUUAGCUGGUGCUGCAUUAUCGCAGAUGCAACCCGAGGAAGUAAAGAAGGAGAGUAGAGCCGACCAUUCUUGGGCACGCUUGCUCGAACAGCAAGAACGAGAAGCCGAAGCAAUAAAACAAACAGCACACGCUUAGAUACCUAGAUGCCCUACCCUACCCUUACUUCGCAUCCUCACGCUUUAUAUAUUCUACACCUAUUACGCACUCUACACAUACAUCUCCUAGAUGACCGGACUCGGGACUCUUUCUUGGAUAGAAGGGUUUUAUAGAGUUUAGACGGCCGUCCCAUCUCCAUUGCCAUUGGAUGUACUUUACGCUAGGAAAAUGUACCAUAAUUACUGCAUCCCGUCCACACGCCUAUAUAUCUGCAUGCUUUGUCAUUUAUC